CCACACUCCAUCCAUCACACCACACUUCUACACACACAUACACAUUAAGUGAUCGAUCACACUUUUCAAAUCGAUCACAAUGCCUUGUCAAAUAUCAUCAAACUCUUCUACUAACAUUAUUUCCAAAUCGACUAUCUUCCCAGCCACUGACUCGACCCUUUCAGAUCUAAAACUGUCUGUAUCUGACCUCCCUAUGCUUUCAUGCCACUACAUUCAAAAAGGCAAUCUUUUCACUAAACCCCAAGUUCCCAUUCCCGAACUUUUACCCCUUAUCAAACGUGCCCUUUCUCAUACCCUCACUCAUUUCCCCCCACUAGCGGGUCGUCUAACAACUGACGUAGACGGCUACGUCUACAUCUCUUGUAAUGAUGCUGGCGUUGAAUUUGUCCACGCCAGCGCCACUCAUUUGUUUAUCAACGAUGUCGUUGACACUAUCCAUGUCCCUGAUUCUGUCAAAGGCUUUUUCACCUUUGACAGAACAGUCAGCUACGACGGUCAUUUUAGACCGUUGUUAGCAGUACAAGUAACCGAGCUAAACGACGGCAUUUUCAUCGGUUUUUCCGUGAACCAUGCUGUGGUUGACGGAACUUCCUUAUGGAAUUUCAUCAACACCUUGGCCGAAGUCUGUCGUGGCACAAAAUGCUUAUCGAAAAAACCUUGUUUUUCUCGUGACUCGGUGCUGAUUUCUUCAGCUUGUUUAAAGGUCCCAGAAGGCGGACCAAAGGUUACAUUCGACGAACACGCACCUCUAACUGAACGCGUAUUCCGGUUCAGUAAAGAAUCAAUCACAAAACUGAAAAACCGAAUAAACAACAAGAAGAAAACGUGUUAUAACAAUACUGAGGUUGUUAAUGAGGUCGAGUUAAUAAUAGGUGAGGAUAAGGUGUCCACAUUAAUCGGCAACUGGCUAAAAAAUGCGUCCGUUUUUGACCAAGAAAAGUCAAAAGACAGAGAAAUUUCCUCAUUUCAAUCGCUAUGCGCUCUGUUAUGGCGAGCAGUGACCCGAGCAAGAAAUUUCCCAUCUAAUAAAGAAACAACAUUCAGAAUGGCGGUCAAUUGUCGCCACAGACUAACUCCAGAACUCGAGUCUUUCUAUUUCGGUAACGCGAUACAAUCAAUUCCAACAUAUGCAACAGCAGGGGACGUUCUGUCACAUGAUCUGCAUUGGUGUGCAGAGCAAUUGAACAAAAAUGUUUUAUCUCAUGACGAUAAAAUGGUUCGUCGUUUUGUUAGGAAUUGGGAAAAUGAUCCUAAGUGUUUUCCUUUAGGGAAUUUUGAUGGAGCAAUGCUGACAAUGGGAAGUUCGCCGAGGUUUCCGAUGUUUGAUAAUGAUUUCGGGUGGGGGAAGCCUGUCGCGGUGAGGAGCGGAUGGGCGAAUAAGUUUGAUGGCAAGAUAUCGGCGUUUCCGGGAAGGGAAGGUGGUGGGAGUGUUGAUUUGGAGGUGGUUUUGUCGCCGGAGACAAUGGCUGGAAUUGAAUCCGACCCUGAGUUUAUGGAAUAUGUUUCUAGUGAUGUUUGUUGAUGUAUUAUGUUUUAUGUGUGUGUGUGUGUGAAGUACUUUUACUCUUUUAGUGUACUAUUGUAAUUUAAUUAGUAGUAACUUCUAGUUAUUAAAAUCCAAAAUUUCUAAUCUAAUUAAUCUUAGCUUCAUUUUCA